CAGAGAGCAUUAAUAGCUCAGUUAAACUCCAAUCUCACCAUGGACGUCCUAAAAAGCGUGGCACUCCUGAUGCUUUCUCUGGCUCUUGGUGGAGUCCACUCAGGGAAGAUCUAUGGAGGCCACGAGGCUGUCGCUCAUAGUCGGCCCUACAUGGUGAUUUUGGAGCGGUUGUGUCCGGAAUCGAACAAGGCGUUCUGCGAUGGAUUUUUGCUGAAUGAGGACUUCGUGUUGACUGCUGCCCACUGCGAAGCCAGCUCAUAUAAUGUCUUAUUCGGGGUCCACAAUUACUACAAUAGAGCCGAGCAGAACAUCACUGUGACUCAAUCCUUCCCGCAUUAUAACUACAGCAUGAGUCCGUACACACUGUCACAUGACAUAAUGCUGCUCAAGCUGAGCUCAAAAGUCAAACUGAGCAAGCACGUGAGACCCAUCGACCUCGCGGGCGAAGAUGAACGCGCCCUGCCGGGUCGUUGCUUCGUCUCCGGCUGGGGAAACCCGAACAGAAACAGCACCUACAUGUCCCCGAAGCUCAUGGAGGUCAACGUGACCCUAUCCGAUUCACCAUUAUGCACCAAGGAGCAUUUGUACUGCUGCGAAGGACAGAACGGACCUGCCAGAGGAGACUCCGGCGGCCCGCUGGUCUGCGAGAACGGCCUGGCAUAUGGGGUGGUGUCCUACAGUACGAUGCAACUAAAUAACGAACCGCUCUACGCUUUCACCAAGAUCCCCGACCACAAAAGAUGGAUCGACGAGACACUCAAUUAUGCGGGAAAAUAACUCCCAAAUCGCUUCAUCGUAUACUUGUGUUUUCAUGCAGCACAGGAGUAGGCGGUGAUAUUGCAAUGGACUUGGGACCUGUGGCCUAAUCUGAAACGUAAUGACAUCUUCAAAUGGGACCGUCAGCAAAUAAGAAUCGAAUAUUUUAUACAUUUCACACUUAAUUUUUUUUUUGUAAAUGCAUAACCAUGGCUUACAUAUGGGUAUACUUUUUAACAGCUUCAAUUGUAAAGGAUAACGAGUUUUCAUGUUUAUAUAUCAGUAAGUGGCCAGGUCCCUUAUGAGAAUCAUAACUUUUUGAUCACCACGUUACCAUGUAGUUGCAAAUAAAACAGUUCAAACCCUGUUGCGUGUUGAGAUGACCAGAGAAAAUGAAAUGUAGCCUAUACACAUUUGAUACUGCUUUCUAUGCUAUUUUGACUUAGGCUGUCCUGCUCUGUGGAUGUACACUUAGAUCUGAUCAUAUGUACUCCAUGUUGUUCCUCACUAGGGUUGCCAACUCCUUGAAAAGGAAAUAAGGAACAGGAGACAGGGACGGGGGUUGGAUGGACGGGGCGACGCGGGCAUAACAAAUAUGUGCCUUACACUAUACACACACACACAAUAUUUCAUGUAUAAUAAGGAAUGAGUCACGGUUGGCAACCCUAUUCACAUGCUUUGAAACGUAACCUCUCCCGAUGCUAAUAAACUCAUAGUGCUUUUGCAUGGAUUAAAGCAAUUAUUAGAGCAACACUGCCAUCUUGUGACGAACAUGCAUACAAAACAAAACCUUGAAUUAAAAAAAAGUUUUUUCCA